UUUAGAUUCUAAUUAUUUAUUAUUUUCAAAUGUCAGUAAUAUAAUCAGAGUACUCAUUAACAAUGAUGUAGCAUGAUUCAGAAUCACUCGAGGCAGGUAUUCAUGGUGCACCCUUUCUCCCAUUCUUGUCCCUGCAUCUAGGAAGUCUGAUUGCAAUACUUUUACUCUCUACUACAUGGAGCCAAGGAAAUUAUUAAUUUUAUACAAAACCACUUAAUUAUAUACAAAAAUUUACUUAUAGCUUUCACGUCAUUUCUCACAUUUAAGAAUUUGGGUCAAAUUAUGUUACCUCUCUUCCUUAGCAAAAAUAUUAUAGUAAUUUACAUUAUUUUUUUGAAUUUAUCUUCAGAUUCAUUAGGAACUCGGACAGCAUUACAUUUCAACUUUGUGUCUACAACAUUAAACAUGUGUCUACUUUUUGUGGAAAUAUCAUUACAAUUGUAUCUACACAAUAAAAUGCAUGCAGAAGGGAAUGAACUUGAUAAACAGUGUUUUUUCAUCUGCUUUUAAAUUUAAUUUUUGUAGUUUACACAUUUCAUCUUGUUGAAAUAUUGAAAGAUGAAAAUAUUCAUACUUUCAAAAAGUUGGGCAACUAGUAACAUUAACUCAAUGUCAAUACUCUAAAUUACCAUACAUGAAAAAAAUUGUAUCCAUUUAUACAACAACAUAAUACAUGCAUUUAAACAAUUUGACAAUAUUCUUACAAAAACAUAUGAAGGAACAGAUGUGCAAAAUAACCCAGACCUUUCCACAUCCAACUGAUGAAUCCACCACAAAAUACAUCCACAACACUCAGUAAUUUCAUGAUGAGACGUCCUUUUAGUAACUUCACUUGACUCUCAUGCAAAGAACAUUAAAAUACAUCUUCAACAUUAUGGAAUAUUCGACUAUUUAAAAAAUUUCAAAUAAACUGUACAGCUUAAUAUUCCAAUUUCCAAUAUGAUAAUUAGAAUGAGAAUUAGUUUAUUUGUCAGAACAUUCCAUGUCAUUUUUCUCAUAACAGAACGGGAAUGAUCUAAAACAUCACUAGUAUUUUCCAAACGUUGUUUACUUCUUAACAGUGUUUCUCGUUGUUGUUCCAAUUCAGAAACAACUUCUGUACCUAUUUCUUCAGUCUCAAUGGCAACGCGAUGGGAAUUAGCAAUACUUUGUUGCAUUCGUCCUAAAGCUGCAUGGCUGUCAAGAACUGUGCGCCUUGCUUCAUCUUCCCAUGCAUAACUGGUAGAGGCCAUCACAACUUCUUUAUAAUUUCCGAUGUACACUUGCAAGAUCCUUGUUUCAUUGACAUGCAAACUUGAUAAGGAAUUGUCAGUAACAGGCUGCACUAUCUACAUUCUUUUCAUUCUGUCCCAGUUCUGUCCACAAACUGUCAGAAGCGCUCGAGGCAGCAGAGGGAUGCAUGCAAGCAAGAUUAAUACGGUCGGCAUUUGCUACCAAAAGGCCGCCGUUGGUUGCCGCAGUCUCUCCGCCGCCACCGCUUCAGCAUCCCGUCCCAUCCCCGACCACACGUCCAGCACACGUCAGUAGCAGCCCAUAGCAGUCGACAAGUGUAUUGGAUGGUGGCCAUGACUAGUCCUUUCAACUUGAUAUUUAAUUAAGAAACAUGGCAAAGACGUAUGACUAUCUGUUUAAAUUACUUUUGAUUGGUGAUUCUGGUGUAGGAAAGACUUGCGUUCUGUUUAGAUUUUCAGAAGAUGCAUUCAAUACAACGUUUAUUUCGACUAUAGGUAUAGAUUUUAAAAUUAGAACAAUAGAAUUAGAUGGCAAGAAGAUUAAACUUCAGAUAUGGGACACAGCUGGGCAAGAAAGAUUUCGAACCAUUACGACUGCUUAUUAUCGAGGUGCAAUGGGUAUAAUGCUAGUUUAUGAUAUCACAAAUGAAAAAAGUUUUGAAAAUAUAAAAAAUUGGAUCAGAAAUAUCGAAGAAAAUGCUUCAGCUGAUGUUGAGAAAAUGCUGCUUGGUAAUAAAUGUGAAUUGAAUGAAAAGAGACAGGUUACAAAAGAGAGAGGAGAACAACUAGCCAUAGAAUAUGGUAUUAAGUUCAUGGAGACAAGUGCCAAGGCAUCUAUAAGAGUGGAGGAAGCCUUUUUUACUCUUGCCAGAGAUAUUAAAACAAAGAUGGAGAAGAAGUUGGAAGCAAGCAAUCCUCCCAAAGGAGGUCAGAGACUACAGCCAUUUGAUCCUCCUAGAAAACCUCCUAGUUGGCUAUCUCGCUGCUCUUUGCUUUGACAAUUGAGAACCCUUUUUAUAUGACAUUCUACCACAAAUUUGGAAGACAUUGUGACAUCUUUCUUCUGCGAUUAGCAGCUGGUGGAAGCAUACAUUUUGUAAAGUGAUGCCAACAUGAACUGUUAGACUGGAAUUGAACUGUGUACUCAUUUUGUGUGAAGAGGAAAUUCAAUCUUAUUUACUCAUGAAACUCAACAGAUGUAGUGCACAAAAGGGAGUAGCUUGGAAUGGUGCUUGGUUCAGAUUGCCAUCUUCUCUUCUUUAGAUGAGCUCAUCAAGGGUGGAUGCUUUCUAAAACUGGAACUGAAAGCUGCUUCUUGUGGAAUGAAUGUUUUGUAAUGUGGUUGCCACCCAGAAUUGUCACAACUGCUACUUGUUAAAUAAUGUUGACUGAGAUAUACAUCCAUGACAGACUAAUUCUAGGAAAUUUACUGGGGAUUUAGGAUGUUUGUGUAAUGACAUGUUGUAGGGUCAAAAUGGUGUUCACAUAUUUUCAAAUAAGACAUUGAGUAUACACAUUUAUAUUGUCAUUUACCCUUAGUGGUUAACCUUGUACCUUGUUCUUCAGUAUAAAAGAAUGAACCUUCUCACAAUUAAUUGCAUUUAUAUUUGUUCCUAAAGAGAUAUCACUAUAUAUAUAUAUAUAUAUAUAUAUAUAUAUAUAUAUAUAUAUAUAUAUAUAUAUAUAUAAAUAAAUUUUGACAUGUUCUUCAAUAUUUCAAAUCCAACAUUUGCUGUGUGCUUGGCUUAUUCCUUAUUUCCUGGGUGUUUGUAAUAAUGACCGAGUAUUGUAGGUAUUUCUGACCCCUUUUGAUCUCUUCAGUCAGCAAAGUUGCACACGUUGUUUCAGUUGAGUUAAAAGUUCUGAAUUAAUUGGCCUAAGGACAUGGGAAUGCAUGUUGCAUGUAUAAAUGGUACACUGAGUCAAGAGCAAACGCACAGUGUGGCUUUUCUAGAUAUGGAAAAACACAGUAAGUUUCAGAAUUUGGUAUAAUUAUUAGAUCUGUACUUAUUAGAACUGCAUUUCUUGACCUUGUGAAUUUGGUUUUUUGCUCUUGUGAUCAUUUCUUUCCUUGCCCAGUGUAGUCAAUAUAAAGUUAUUCAUUGCCUUGCCAAACAACCUUACAGUUCAGUAAAUUGGUUUAAAUCUAAUGUUGCUUGUGUUUCUUUGCUUUGAAUUUGCAUUGUUUACUAUUGUCAAGGUCAAUAUAUUGGGGACCAUUAUGAAAAAAACAUUUCUGUGGAUUUUGAUUCAAUCUUGAAAUUUUGAUACAAAUUUUGUUGAAUGGAAUUCCAUUCAUCAAUUGACUUGCACAGAAUUUUUGAAUCAUUUUAUAUGAAAAUCUCUGUCAAGUUAUUCAGAUAUCUUGUAUUUUUUAAAUGUAACAUAUAAGCAAAUGCUAUAUAAAGAUCUGAUUAUUCACAUAAUUUGUCUGUAACAAUAUUACAUCCAUUGUUUGUUGCUGUGCAGUAAUUGUGCAUAUUUUAAAUUGCAACUGCACAUCAAUGAAUAUUUAAAAAGAAUCCAUUAAUGCAUUUUUAUUGCAGUAAUAAAACAUCUGUUGUGGGAAUGAAAAUUUCAUGGUAUUUGUAAUUAUUGAGAGUAGGGCACACUGUGUAGGAAUGUAAGGAAGUGAUCUGCUUGCUUCUUAUGUAUUUCAGUAUUCUUGAAAGAUUGUUUUGUGAAAUACUGCAUCUUGCCUACAAGAGGAAGAGGUGUUUGGUUUGUUGAGUCUGCAAUUUUCUUUCAGUGCCUGGUGCAUAGAUAUGGUGAUAAUAAGAUAUUGCUUCAAGUUUUAUAUGCACGUUUUCUAUUUAUAUUAUGUUAUUUUUGUACAUUGGUGGAAAUGUUUUCUUUCACAGAAAAUAUGUAUAAACUCUGGGAAAUGAAGUUCAAAAUUUAUACCUGAAGUUAUCUGUGAAAUAUUUAAAUGAGUAUAUUUGGUCCCAAGCUCAUUUCCAUUUUGUACUUCAUUUUCAUGGUGAGAUUUUUUCAGCUAGAAGGUGUAGCAUUUUCAUUAUUUUCAAUUGUGUUUAACAGUUCAAUAAUUUUAUGCUAUGUCUUCUUUCUGAAAUAAAGUAUAAUUUUCUCGUAUCUUGAAAGUAUGUGGUACAGAAAUCUCAUUUUGAAGAUUGUUGUUGGUACAGUGUUUCAAAUAUUGUCCACAGUACUGAAAGUAAAGAAAAUACACUUUGUAUCUCCCUGAAUUGCUUUGAAUUUUAAAAAUAACAACUAAAAUUUUGUAAACACAAUAUUGCCUUGUACAAUGCUCAUGUAAUUGUGUGCUAUUCAUCUUUUUUAAAAAAAAUAAAUAAAUUGGUUUAAAUGUA